CUCAAACAAUUGGGUAUACAUCCCGACUGGCAAUUUGUAGAUGUUUAUGGUAUGGAACCAGAACUACUUAGCAUGGUGCCAAGACCUGUCUGUGCCGUGCUGCUUCUCUUUCCAAUAACAGAAAAGUAUGAAACCUUCAGAACAGAAGAAGAAGAGAGAAUAAAAGCUAAAGGGCAAGAUGUCAAAUCAUCAGUGUAUUUCAUCAAGCAGACCAUUAACAAUGCUUGUGGAACAAUUGGACUAAUUCAUGCUAUUGCAAACAACAGAGAUAAAAUGAACUUUGAAACUAAUUCUUCACUGAAAAAGUUCCUAGAAGAUUCAUUAUCUAUGACUCCUGAAGAGAGGGCCAAAUAUCUAGAAACUUAUGAAGCUAUUCGUGUCACUCAUGAAUCCAGUGCCCAUGAAGGUCAGACUGAGGCACCAAGUAUAGAUGAAAAAGUAGAUCUUCACUUCAUUGCAUUAGUUAAUGUAGGUGGUCAUCUCUAUGAAUUGGAUGGGCGCAAACCGUUCCCAAUAAACCACGGGGAAACUAGUGACGAUUCAUUUCUAGAGGAUGCAAUAGAAGUUUGCAAGAAAUUCAUGGAACGUGACCCAGAAGAAUUAAGAUUUAAUGCAAUUGCACUGUCUGCAGCUUAAAAGCCUUAUCCCAGAGGGCUCAUCUAUUGCAAUGUAUUGUAACAAUAAAACUGUUGCCAUAUGUUAAUAAUACAAAUUUUGAUACUUCCCUAACAUGUUGAUUAAUUGUAGCACUCGUGGAAUAAACUUUGUCCUUGCUA